CUCAGAUCAGACGAGUUUACACCUCAGAGGAACUCUUGAAGAGAGUCAGCUCUGUUCACGAGACCGUGAACUCAUGAGGGUGAAGCGGAAGGAAGAGUACAAUGUGAUGAGCGACAGAUAGUGGGUCCGCGUGGGCGGGCCGACAGGAGGCGAGCUGCGUUAAGUUCAGGAGGCGUUCAGGGCUCCAGUCCUCUCUCUGGUUCCGAGCAUGUCCGGACUGCGCCAGGGCUUGUGCUGGUUACCAGUGUUCCUGGUGGCCUGGUCGGCCAGCAACUUCAUCAUCCCUUACAUCAUUGCGGUGUGUCGCCAUGACGUCAGCGUGAUCUUCCCGUACAUCAGCACCGCUGGGGCCACCCCUCCGGAGAGCUGCAUCUUCGGACUGAUGGCCGUCAUCACCGCCUGCGCAGCGUUAGCCACCAUGUACGCUCGCUACAAGUUCAUGGAGCGGCUGCUGGAGGAGACGUCGCGCGUGAGUCCCCGGCUGAACUCUGCCUCCCUGCUGCUCGGGAUGUGUUCGUGUCUGGGCAUGUGUGUGGUGGGCUCCUUCCCGGAGUCCACCGUCCUGGUGGUUCACGACAUCGGAGCCUUCCUCUUCUUCGUGUCUGGCGUGGGCUACAUCCUCCUGCAGACGGUGAUGGGCUGUCAGCUGGCUCCGUACAGGUCGUCCCUGUGCUGGAUCCGCUCCAGCCUCGUCGCCGUGGCGAUCCUGGCGCUUGUUUCUGCCAUCAUUUGCGGCUCACUGCAGAGACCCACCGACCCCAGUCGAGACCCCACCCCCCAGAGCGACCCGCUCCAUGUGGCCAGCGCUGCCUGUGAAUGGAUCCUGGCCUUCAGUUUCGUCUGCUUCUUCCUCACCUUCAUCAACGAGUUCAAGCUCUUCAGCCUGCUGGUGAGAGUGGAGUACAUGUAGCGGUCCUGACCGUCCACGCCCCCAUCACAGCCAACAGGAUGCAAGUGCUUCUCUGGCUCCUUUCUUUUUGUAUAUCUCUAAAAAAAAGUCACGACAGAGACAGGAAGGGUUGAUGUGGAGGAGCGAGGUCAUCAAACUCAGAUCGUCUUAGUGGAACUAACGUGAGGGAAAUCAACUCAAUGAAUUGAUCUAAACUACCAGAUGAUUCAUGAUCUUAUGUAGACGGUUCAGAGCUGUGGUCUCACCUGGGGUCCAGUGAGCCCAGGACUCAGCAGGUACUUACUUUCUCGCUGGACACGCCACAGGAAGUGAUUCGCUGACAAACGGGAGGCACAGAAAAGAUGGAGAGAGUGGAGGAGUAUCCACUCACGCAGGGACCAGUGGCUCUUCAUAAAACCUCUGCUGGAUGAGGACUCGCUGCGGAACUCUGAGGGAAGAGGCUCCACAACUUGUAUGUACAGUGACCUGCCUGACCAGAGGUGACCUGCCGUCCACAAAAAGAGCGUCGCAACAAUCACAAACUAUUUUUAUACCUUUGUAUGUAACUUUUUUAUGUGACAGAUUGUUCAGUUGUUGUCGUGACUGUAGAUUUCUGUAUCGAAACGCUUCACGCUGCAGCCUGAGAUCCUUCAGGCACCAUGUGACUUGCAGUCAUUAAUAUGAGAAGUUGAUCACCGAGGUCUCAUGAUCGCUGCGGCCAGGAACCGUCACAACUCUUCUGUAAUCCCCUCGUUAAACAGGAAGUUUGGGUUUUUUGUGAAACACACCGCGGCGCGCCUCCUCUUGCGCAGCCGUUUGGUCAGAACCGCGAGAGCCGCGAGGUGCGCCCCAUUUGAGGUCAUCUUUAAAAGCAGGGUCAGUCCUCGGGGUGAAUUGUCGCCUAGACUUGCUAGAUAGAUAAAGAGAGACGAACAAACAUUCUUCAUCACAAAGGGAAGGGUGUUUUGAUAAGAGGAAGUGCAGCCGGGAAAGUGAAAUGUCAACAACAUGACGCUGUGAGUAGCUACUGUAUAUUUAAAGACACAAAGCUUUGAUACUGAACGUAAUCUGUCACGAAACCCCCUAAAUAAAGUGAAAAUGAUUUAAUAA